AUGAUUGAUACCGUACACAACACAGGACUAAGACUUGUCACCGGAGCCUAUCGCUCCAGCCCGAUUCCCAGUGUGCUUAACACAGCCGGAGAAGCCCCACUCGACAUCAGGAGAGUUCAUAGCUCCAUGCUUCUCACAACGAGAUGCACCCAAAAAAAUCUCGAAGUAUUGACACAAAUCACACACAUCCUAAAAGGCAUUCCAUUCUUACACGUGGACGUUAUCAGAAAUGAAGCCAUACAUGCGCCCCCUUGGUUAUUAAACAGUUACAUCAACAGAGAACUAAGUGAAUUUUCGAAGAACGACACUAUACCCAUAAUUUACAACCAACAUCUACAUGCAAUUAUUUCCGAUUUUCACAAUUAUACCGAAAUAUACACGGACGGCUCCAAAAUGGAAAACGGAGUCGGUGCAGUGGUAGUAUUCCAAGACCACGUUUCCAUGCUAAGACUACAAAAUUUCUGCUCCAUAUACACGUUGAAAUUUCAUAUGCUUUGGACCUCAUCAAAAGAAAACGUAUACUCAAAGCAGUAA